UCUCUCACAUAGCACAGAAGGUGAGAGCUGAAUGAACUUUGCUGGGUAAUGGCUUGAAAGGUUUUCCUUCUGAGACAUGGUGUUGAGUUACAGCAUGCAGCCAACUGGGAGGAGAGAAGCUGCUGCCGGCAGCCCCAUCCUAGCCCCACGUUCUCUUGUUUUCUUGGCCUUGAAGGAAGAUGGACAAGGGCCGUCCGAGACAAGAUGCGGUGAACUAUCCUGCAGCUGCAGCUGAUUGCUCUGGGAGUCACCUGGAGCCAGUGUGUACUAGGGUUUAGCCAGAGCCAGGGAGCGGGCACACAUGCUUUGCUGUGAAAUGCCACGCAGGCAGAGAGUGACAGGCAGUCAGUAAGAGCUGAGCGUUCCCCCUUUGGACGGCUGUUUCCUGCUAGGUUCCGAAGAGAGGGGCCUUGCUCCUGCUGCUGCUACUGCUGCUGCUGCUGCUGCUACUGUUGCUACCUCAACUCUCUCUCUACUCCAGGUAAGCAGAGGGCAAGCUGCAAGGCAAGCCUUUGUACGAUGAACAAGAUCCGAAAGUUUUUCCGAGGAAGUGGGCGAGUCUUGGCAUUUAUAUUUGUAGCUUCUGUCAUCUGGCUGCUCUUUGAUAUGGCAGCUCUCCGCCUCUCAUUCAGUGAGAUCAACACAGGGAUACUCAAAGAAGAUAUCAUGAGGAGGGAACAGACAGGAUUCAGAAUUGAGGCAGACCAAAUGAAGAUCCUUUCCCCCAGCAGCAGAGGGAUGAGGCCGCCCCGGAAUGGAGUGGGAGGCAAUGAGAGCUUUAGAAAGGCUGAGAACCGUGUACUCAAGGUUGAGGAGAAUGUGGACCAAGUCCAGAGGAAAGGGAAAAUGCAGUUCCUCCUGGGAAGGGGGAAGGCUGUGUCUUUGUGGCAUCGUGCACAUGUGCAAACCCUCCCAGUGACACUCCCCAUGCAGAAGACCCAGGGGAGAGACAGCAAGCCUGAAGUCUCCUCCUUGCCCAUGCAGACAACAGUGUUAGGGUCUGAGAAGGACUCCUUCACAGCGUCAAGAGGAGUUCCAUUGAACAAAACAGCAGAACAUACAGAAACCUUGGAUAAAAAACAAGAGGCCCCAGAGAAUUAUAAUCUCAGCAGUGAUACAUCAAAGCAAGCCUCUCAGAGGGCCCUGAAUGUGACCAUCAGUGUCAGGACUGACAGAUCAAAGUGGCAAUCACAGACAGUAACAAAAUCAAGCAUACAAUUUGCCAGCCUACCAAUCCUGAAACCCGAGGAAGUCACGGUCACAAAGAAAACUGAGGCUCAGGGCAAAGACCUAAAAUAUGAAGCCCAUAAAGCGCUCCCUCUUCUUAAGUUCACUGCCGAUGUGGGUCACUUAAAGAAACAAUCUACAAAUGAGACGCGAUUGGGAGUAUUGCCAGAAGCCGAUGGGGCCAAAGUGGCGCCAGGGAAGAAACUUAAUUUCUCUGAAAGUCAGAUUGUGAUUAUAACUAAAGAGGAAGGCCCAAAGACAGACACCAAAGAGGUACCUAAUUCUAAAACCCAAACUGUCUUCCCUAAAUUACUGGGUGGAAGCCAAGGAAAACAUAUCCCCAGGAGUCAGAGCCAGACCUUGUCCUCUCCAUUAGCUCUAAAGAGAGCUGUGUCUCAGUCGAAGCCCACCUUAGCUGAGGAACUCCAUACAGCAAGAAGCAACUGGACUGCCAAGGCCACAACUCUAGGACACCAGCAAAGCCAUGUAAAUAUCUCUGAAAACCCUGGAAAGCAUCACGUGCUCAGAAUCGAUGUGACCCUCUCUCCAAGAGAUCUCAAUGCUCCAGGUCAGUUCGGGCGCCCUGUAGUGGUUCCCCCUGGAAAGAAGAAGGAGGCUGAACAGAGAUGGAAGGAAGGAAACUUCAAUGUCUACCUUAGCGACUUGAUUCCAGUGGACAGAGCCAUUGAAGACACAAGGCCUGCUGGGUGUGCAGAGCAACUAGUUCACAACGACCUCCCAACCACCAGCAUCAUCAUGUGCUUCGUGGAUGAGGUGUGGUCUGCUCUCCUGAGGUCUGUGCACAGUGUCCUCAACCGCUCCCCUCCGCACCUCAUCAAGGAGAUUCUGCUGGUGGAUGAUUUCAGCACCAAAGACUACCUGAAAGCUAAUUUGGAUAAAUACAUGUCUCAGUUUCCAAAAGUUCGGAUUCUUCGCCUCAAGGAGAGACAUGGCUUGAUCAGAGCAAGGCUGGCUGGGGCGCAGAAUGCAACAGGUGAUGUGCUGACAUUCCUAGACUCCCAUGUGGAAUGUAAUGUGGGCUGGCUGGAACCCCUUCUGGAGAGAGUUUAUUUAAAUAGAAAGAAAGUCGCCUGUCCAGUAAUUGAAGUCAUCAAUGACAAGGACAUGAGUUACAUGACAGUGGACAACUUCCAAAGAGGUGUCUUCACCUGGCCCAUGAACUUUGGCUGGAGAACAAUCCCUCCAGAUGUUGUUGCAAAAAAUGGAAUUAAAGAAACAGAUAUAAUAAGGUGCCCAGUCAUGGCAGGUGGAUUAUUUUCCAUUGACAAAAGUUACUUUUAUGAACUUGGAACUUAUGACCCUGGUCUUGAUGUUUGGGGUGGAGAAAAUAUGGAGCUAUCAUUCAAGGUCUGGAUGUGUGGUGGUGAAAUCGAGAUCAUUCCCUGUUCCAGAGUGGGCCACAUAUUCAGAAAUGACAAUCCCUACUCCUUCCCCAAGGACCGCAUGAAGACGGUGGAACGGAAUCUGGUGCGGGUUGCUGAGGUCUGGCUCGAUGAGUACAAGGAACUCUUCUAUGGCCACGGGGAUCACCUCAUAGACCAAGGGCUGGAUGUGGGCAACCUCACCCAGCAAAGGGAGUUGCGGAAGAAGCUGAAGUGCCAAAGUUUCAAGUGGUACUUGGACAAUGUCUUUCCCGACUUGAAGGCGCCUGUUGUAAGAGCUAGUGGUGUGCUUAUUAAUCUGGCCUUGGGCAAGUGUGUUUCUAUCAAAAAUAUCACAGCUGUCCUGGAGGACUGCGAUGGGAGCAGCGAGCUUCAACAAUUUAAUUACACCUGGGUAAGACUUAUUAAGCAUGGAGAGUGGUGUGUGGCGCCCAUCCCUGAUAAAGGAUCCGUGACGCUGUACCCUUGUGACAACAGAAACAACCGGCUUAAAUGGCUGCACAGAUCAGCAUCCGCCUUUCAUCCAGAACUGGUGGACCACAUUGUUUUUGAAAACUAUCAGCAGUUAUUAUGUAUGGAAGGGAAUUUCUCUCAGAAGACCCUGAAACUGGCUGCUUGUAACCCAAUGGAACCACAACAAAAGUGGAAAUUUGAAAAAUACUACGAUGUCUAAUGAGAAAUACUUUAUCUAGUUAAACCACUAGAUUCUGUGAAAAUAACACAAAAACUUGGUGACUGUAUUUCUCUCCAUAGUAGUUUAAAUUCCAUUUUAAUAGCAUUUGAAGGGAAGGCUUUUGAAAAUGACUACAUUUGAAUCAUCAAACAAUAACUCAGGGAAAGAAGUUGCCAUUGGGCUGCUGUUCUUCAGCUCUGGGUGGCCUUUGGAAGUGUCUGUGUCCCAACCUGUGUUGGGGUGCAUACUGCAAGUCUUCCUUCUGGAUUCUCACAGGUAACCAGAAUUGAAAACAAAGAAGGAUGUCAUGCCCAUGACUGCUGUCAUGGCCCAUGAAUGGAGCUAAACCCAACCACAUUCUGAUUUCACCAAAUUCAUCUGCAUGGAUUCCCACACCUGGAAGACAUAGCUAGCUGCACAGAGACACCACUUUGUUGAAAGAGCUCCAUGUUUACCUGGCAGUGUAUAGCAGUCUGCUCAGGUCUCCAUGACCCCUCCUAAUAGGGGGUCUUGAUCUGAAUGUUUUCUUAAUUUGAAGCUAUUGGGGGGAUUUAAUCAAAAAGGAAGAAGCCUUAAUGUACUUAAUUCUAUGUAUUGUUUCAGCUCACUUUGUCCUCUUUCAUAAUGCUACAGUUUUAAAAACCCGAUCAUAGCAAUAAUCUCUUAGAUUUCUGUGUUUUUAAGGUAAAUGAGAAGCUGUUGGGUCUCAUUGCACUGUAUUAGCAAAGAAUUGCACCUAGCCAUUGAACAUUCCCACACAGAGUUAAAUGAGAGGAGUCGAUAUAAUUACAGCAGAAGUGAUACUGAAAAAUGAGACAGAAAUUAAAAAUAUGAAAACAAUAAAAAUGCUACUUUAGAUUU